CCCAUCGGGAUAAGAGCAACGAACAAGGGGAGGUUUUCCGUUUCCGGCUGUCACACUGCUGCGACGCCUGCCACUGUCUCCCAAGCACUGGGCACUGUUUAUAAUAACUCGAAUAGUCCGAGAUUAUAAUCGUUUUAUCGUGAAUUAUCGUCAGUGAAAGUUAACGAAGACUGCGAGGCUCUAGUCCAACGGUAUUGCUGCAAUAAUACAUUACAUGUGUGAAGAAUUUGUAAUAAAAUUGGAAUAACUAGAUAUAAAAAAUAUGGCUUGGCGAUUCAAGGCGUCAAAAUACAAGAAUGCAACGCCAAUAGUGCCAAAGCCAGAGGCAUGCAUUCGUGAUAUAUGCGUCGGGUCUUAUCAGACCUAUGGCAACAACAUCGCAGCGUCCGCUGCAUUUAUGGCAUUCAAUGUUGAUCACAAUGGAUCUAGUCUGGCUGUUUUGCCACUGGAGGACUGCGGAAGGAAGAGCAAAACAAUGCCCCUUCUUCAUGCACACGCUGACACUGUCACUGAUAUGGAUUUUUCACCAUUUCACGAUGGAUUAUUGGCAACUGGCUCCCAGGAUUGUCUCGUUAAAUUGUGGCACAUCCCCGAGGCUGGACUCGAGGAGUCUCUCUGCAAUCCUGAGGGUACAUUUUCACACAGACAGAGACGAGUCGAGGUUGUACGCUGGCAUCCCACCGCUGAACAUCUACUGACCACUGUUUCUUAUACUAAUUUGUCACUCUGGGAUGUCGUGUCGCAACAGGAACUCUUCUCAAACAACGAACAUUCCGAGGUGAUUCAAUCAGUCAGCUGGAAGUACGACGGCUCCCUCCUCGCCACCUCCUGCAAGGACAAGCAAGUUCGCAUUAUCGAUCCACGAGGAUCAAAAUCAAUCGUACACACGUGCCCCAGCCAUCAAAGUAUCAAAGACUCUCGCAUUGUCUGGCUGGGGAACAGUGACAGAAUAUUGACAACUGGCUUUGACGCCGCCCGGCUGCGUCAGGUUUACAUCAGGGACCUCAGGAAUCUCUCCGACCCUGUGAAAACACUGGAGCUGGACUGCAGCACUGGUAUCCUCAUGCCACUGUUCGACCAGGACACCAACAUGCUGUUCCUGGCAGGCAAGGGGGAUACCACCAUUUUCUAUAUGGAAGUCACUGAUAAGGAUCCAUUUUUGGUGGAGGGCAUUCGCCACAGUGGGGAACAAACCAAGGGCGUCUCUUUGGUGCCCAAACGUGCACUCAAUGUCAUGCAGGCUGAGGUUAAUAGGGUGCUGCAGUUGACAUCAAAUAUGGUCAUUCCAAUUAUGUAUCAGGUGCCAAGAAAGUCGUACAGAGACUUUCACGGUGACAUUUAUCCAGACACAGCCGGUUGCAUUGCUCAAAAUACUGCUGAUGCAUGGAUCAAGGGUCACAAUGCCCCAGUUCCAAAAAUAUCCUUGGAUCCUGCCAAACGUGCUAAAGGAGAGGAGCCAAUAACAAUACACAGAGGAAACUUGGCGAAACUGAAGGAAAACCAGCAGGACAUAAAGGCCGAGCAGGUGAAGGCAGCGAAGAGUCUGCAUUCUACACCUAAGGCCUUCGUCCAGCCAACAAAGGUGCAGUCAAUCGUGCAAGACCGCGAGGAGAAGAAGGAGAAGCGUUUGGAGCCCGAGCCGGAGAAGGCGGAAAAAAUUGAGAAACCUGAAAGACAAGACAAAAACGAUGAUACAAUGAGGCCAGUCGAGACAGAUGAUGACAAGCAGAAGGUGCAGAAUGGCCAAUCAAUGCCACCAAAGCCAUUGCCAAGGUCAUCGCGAGCUAACAGCAUCUCCGAGGAGGAGCCCAAGCCUGUGGCUAGACCGAGAACAUCACCCAGUUCUGGGACUGUUGUCACUUCUGUCAAUCCUAAUAUGGUUGGGGGAUACAAGCCGCGUCUGGGUCCUAAGCCCUUCCAAGCCAAAUCCGGAAGCCAGGAGUUCUCUUUCGACAAGGUCUUCUCAGUCCCAGUAGCCCCAAACACCGAUACAAACGGCUAUUCCGCAGAUUCUCAUCCGAUUAUAGACAGCACACCACCGGACGCCGACAAAUCCCCGACAUUCGACAGCGAGCGAAUUAAAGAGUCCGAGAACGGCAAGAGUGACUCCUCGUCAAUGGAGGAGGACGCCAACUCCAGUGACUCCGGCUACAAACCGAAGACGCCGAGUACCGCUGAGCGUCGCAAAUUAUUCGAGACGAAAGUGAAGGACGAGUCGCCGGAGAAUGAGGAGACACCCGGGAGCUUAGAGCGCGGUGGACUCAACAGAAAUUCAAUAGCCGAGCGCCGAAGACUCUAUGAGAGCAGAUCGGUCUCUGUAACCGAUGGGAAUCUAGCGGAGAAGGCAAUGGGCUCGCCCACGGCCCUUCGUCGGAGGGACUCCUUCAAGUCCAAGUCCGAGGUCCUCAAGGACGACGAGAAGGGUAAUCACGACAAAAAAAUUCCCAUGCUUCGACAGCAGAGUAUGGAUCCCCGUCUGGAGAAGCCCGAGCCAAUAACAACUCCCACCCCAAAAAGAACAUCAACAGUUUUCGGAAGAGUUUCAAAAUUUCGUCAUCUAAAGGGUACACCCGGUCACAAAUCAACGCACAUCGAGAACAUCAGAAACAUAAGUCGACAGAUAUCAGGGGAGUGCGAUGGUUUUCACGCCAAUUCCGACAGAGUGGCCGUUCCACUGAGUGGUCCAGGUGGCAAAAUAGCUGUUCUCGAGUUGAAGAAAACUGGAAGACUACCCGAUGGUGUGAUGCCAGCUCUCGUACAUGGUGCCACUGUCAUGGAUUUUGCAUGGGAUCCCUUCGACAAUCAGAGGCUAGCAGUUGCCUGUGACGACGGUAUCAUCAGAUUAUGGGAGGUGCCGGCUGGUGGGCUGAUGGAGCCAACUAAUGAGCCCAAGUUCACGGUUGAGGCUCACACUGAUAAAAUUUAUCUGAUUAAGUAUCAUCCACUGGCAGCUGAUGUCCUCGCUUCGGCGUCUUAUGACACGACUGUUAAAAUCUGGGAUCUCUCGAGGAUGGAGGAGGGGGCAGUGGCUAGAAUCACCCUGGGAGGGCACACCGAUCAGAUCUUCAGUCUUGCUUGGUCACCAUGUGGGCAGUAUCUGGCGACUGCUUGCAAGGAUGGCAAACUGAGGGUUUACAAACCCAGAUCUUGUGACAGUCCCAUCAAUGAGGGAAAGGGCCCAGUGGGAACAAGGGGCGCCAGGGUUGUCUGGGCUCUAGAUGGUCGGUUUCUCCUUGCUAUCGGCUUCGACAAGGUCUCGGAGAGGCAGAUCAUGAUGUUCAAACCGGAUAAAUUGAAUUCUCCUCUCAAUACAGUGGGCCUUGAUGUCUCACCAGCAAUUCUCAUGCCAUUUUACGACGAGGACAGUUCCACACUUCUACUUACGGGACGUGGUGACUCGACCAUUUACGCGUUUGAAGUCACUGAGGAGGCCCCCUACAUCUGCCCACUCAGCCAUCAUCGAUGUGCCAGCCUUCAUCAGGGCUUGUCCUUUCUGUCCAAGAACAAAUGCGAUGUUGCCAGCGUGGAGUUUGCAUCUGCUCUGAGGCUCACCAACAACACGAUAGAACCACUCAGCUUCACUGUACCCAGGAUUAAGAGCGAACUCUUUCAGGAUGAUCUCUUUCCCCCCACCAGGGUUACAUGGAGAGCCAGCAUGAGUGCUGGGGAGUGGUUCAGUGGGGCCAAUAAACAGGCCACGAGGGUCAGCUUGAAGCCACCUGGAAUGGACUGUCUCUCGGAGAAUCAGGGCUCUGGCAUUGUCACUGCUCCUGUUGCGGCUAAGGGACAAUUCGCUGUGUCACAGCAGCCAUUUGGCAGACUCAACUCCAAUGAGUGGUACAAGGCUAAGCAUGAUGAGAUCCAAAAGAACAUGAGCAACAGUCUGGGGGAGAUGAUACAAUGCUCGCUCGAGCAGGACCACAUGGAAGGGGUGGAGGAACACGAAUGGGACGAUUAAACAACAGCACGCAUGAAUGACCAGCUGCUUGGAGCGGAACGCCACCACAGAAAAAGAACAAAAAGAGUGAAAAAAAAAAUCUAAAAAGCGUCGAAGUACGUCCGAAAAUGAUUCAUCGGGCGUCUCGCUUCGGUGCGUGUCACUGAAUAACCAUCUCCGGUCAUUCUGGCUCCCCAUCGUUGUCCUGUAAGCCACUGAUAACCGCUCUCUCCAUUUAAUAUUCAACUCAACCCAAUAAUUUCGCUCCUCAUCAGCAGUUAACUUGCAUUUUUUCCACAUUGUGUGCCACAUUCAGAGUUUUAUUUCUAUUAUCGUUAAUCUGUAUCAAUUGUGCAAAACGAGUGCGAUUUAUUUCAUGCAUAUUAAUUUAUUCAUUCACGUGUGAAAAAAAUUUAUUGAAAGAUAUUAUUGUUCCUUUAAAAUGUUCUAUUUGAAUUCUGUGGGAACUUUGUUGUAAACUCGUUUGUUCACCAAUUAUUGUACAUUCAAUUCAUCCAGAAUUUUUAUUGUAAUAAUUCAUGCAUGAUUCUAUUUUUUCUUGAUAAAUAUGAUGAAGAAGAAUUCAUAAAAAUGGAGAACUAAAUCCUUGUAAAUCUCACGCUCAAAAUUUUCCAUAAAACCCACAUCGUAUGUUGAUUAUUAUCUAAUGUUGAUUACUAUUAUCACAUAUAAUACCACAAGUGGUUCAAAAUUAUCGAAUAUUUCCCGAUAGAUUCGUUGCAAACAAAUGAAGGAGUCAAGUUUUUCAGGCUAAAAAAUCACGAGUGCGAAGCACGAGUGAUUUUUCCUGAAAAACUUGACGACUUCAUUUGUAUGCAGGGAACCUAGAGGGAAAUAUUCUAUAAUUUUGAAGCUCGAGUGGUAUUCAGGGGAUUAUUUUUCCUAUCCAAAUUUCGGCCAAGGGAAUUGUGCCAUGACAUGAAAAGAGGUUUAUUUGGUUAAGUGUCGUUUGUUUACCAAAAUAUUCAAAAAAUUAUCGCUGAUAUUCGAGGUAGGCUAUACAAAAUAUCAACAAAUGGUGCAAUUCUAUUGGCUGAAAUUUGGGUGGGAAAAAUAAUCAUAAUUAUUCAAUAUUGUUUGAUGAGAUACAAAAAUUGACUGAAUCCCCGCGAUGUUUUAGCUGAAAUUGAACAGAAAAAUUUGAAGGACCUGACACAAGUUUGAAAGAAUUCCAGUGGAAUAUCUUCUUGAGAACGAUAGGUUUAUUCAUUAAAUUUUUUUCACACGUAUCGAAACACCUCCCUUUCGAGGAUUAACGUGUGAUCAUAGCUCUAGUCUAGAAUGAAAUACUUUUUCGUCACUCUCGCCUGUUCAUUUUGACUCUGUAAUACGUAUAUUAAUGGUAAUGGCUUAGUAUAAUUGUCAUGUAGUUUAGGAAUUCAGGAAAUCACUGGUAAAAAAUACCUCGUGACUCUUGAAAAUUGCUACGGAAAUUCGUGCAUUUGUUUUUGCAUUUUGUAGCGACGUACUAGGACGAACAUUGAGAUUUCAUUUUACGUAAUUCAAGUUGAUGAAUUUCGAGGCGAUCUUAUUGAGAUUAUUGAUAUAGUUCGUAAUUGAGCAAUCAACAGGAUGAUUCGAGAAAAUGAGACACCUCGAAUUUUCUUAUGAUGAUGAUGAAUAAAUCUAUUUAUUAGUGAGAUUGGGGAGGCGACAGCAUAAUAUCGAUUGGGGUAGUUGUUUCUCGAGUGAGGUCGUCGGUCGGGUGCUUUUGAUUAUUUAUAUUUAAUUCAUUUAUUGGUCGGUCGAAAAGAAAUGAAAUUUAAUCGAGUCGUUUCACUGCAAAUGAGUUUUCUUUUCAUUAUCUCACAUAAAAAAAUUGGAAGAAUUGAUAGGCGAAUAUAUUCACAUCCAAAUGUGAGAACAAAUUUUUUUAGAUAAUCUUAUUUAUUUUCUUUCUAGGAUAACAAAACUAAUAAAAAUACAGUUAAAAAAAUUAUAUUCCAGAUAUUGGAACUGAAAAUAUCUGAUCGAAAAGUUAUAAUAAAUUAUAUUUCAAGUAAAACCUCAGAAAAGUGAAAAUCACUCAUCAAAUUUCAUGACUUCGAACAAAAAAAAUUUCACUUCGCUAAAAAUUUCGAAUAAUUUUUACUGAAAUUUAGGGUAAUUGGUGAUUAUUAAUUAUUGUAAAUAGAAAAUUUGCAAUUUCAGUUUCUCCCUUUGGGGCAAUUCUCCCUAAUUCACCAAGUGAAUUGAGAUGCACUCGGCUCGAUAAUAAAUAAUAUCCAACGAGAAAUAAUUACUUCGAAAUCACGCGUGUGUGAUAUUUACUGAGUGAUACUGUUUUCCCCCGAUGUUUACCCCUUGCACGCACACUCAUAAAUAAUUUACGAUUAAAAAAUAAUUGAAGAAGUACGUGAGAAUAAUAGCAAUAAGGGUAGUUGAGGAUAAUGCACUAAUCCAUGACCGGUUGAAUAAAUUGAGGGCAAAAAAAAUCAUAUCGAGUAUUAAAAUAAUUAGUCCCGGCACUGGUGACUCGCCUCACCUCCGAUUAAUCGAUUAUUCACCGUAAAUACGAUGAAAGUCAUUUUCUUUUCAUGAUUCAAGAGACUGUCAUGAAUUCCUACGUAAAAUGCUCGGGGAGAUAAUUUUGAAAUUCUCACCGGCAAAUAGAGUAAUUGAAACAUCUUUAUAAUUCCAAUUUUACACUUUUUACAUUGAUACAUAAUCGAUAAAGCCAUUAUUUUUCAUCGACGAUUGUGGAAAAUGACUCCAACGAUUUUUGCUACGCAUAUAUUUUCUAGUAAAUGGGAGAAAAUGUGAAUUAUUUCGUGAUGUAAAAUUUUUUACAUUUUUUAAAUGUCGUAACAUUAUUAACUGUACUGUACAGAGUAAUGUAAUUAGAUGUGGCGCUUGCCAUCCUGAGUAAUUGACGGUGACUCGUCCACUGCAUAAAUUUCCAAUCUCUCCAAUUCGCUUUUUGAAAAGCAAAGAAAAAUUUUUACUUAAAAAAUAAUCCUCCAAAGGUGUUUUUUAUUUUUCCAGUAUCGAGUCAGUGUUCAUUACGAUGGUAUCAAGGUACCACAAAACCCUUGUCAAAGAAGCGACCAACGAGGUGCCAAAAAUGUGAAAUUUCCAUUGAAAUUAAUCACCAAAAUUGAGCCAUUCCAUGAUAACCAUUCCAUGUGAAAAAAAAAAAACAUUUUUACUGAUCUUAGAAAACAUUCGAUAUCUCGUUCGCAAUUCAGGAUGACAAAAUUAAUUCAACACAUUACUCAAUUAUUUUUCUAAUUAUUUAUCAGUACUAAUCCGAUAUUACCGUGACUUUGAGUACUUGAUUUGCUGAAGUCCCUUCUCAAAUAAUGAUACCAAGAGGCAUUGAAAUUUGCGGAGCCUAAAAGUACCUCGGAGUUGGUGGACAUGCGACUGAUGGAUAAUGAAGUCAGCAUAAUUUUUUACCUCCCUGGGCACCCCAUUUCACGUAAUUACCACUUGUAACCGUGCCCUCUAUUACUAAAGUUGAAGGAAAAAGUUACGAUGACUUCAUUAUAUGUCAUAAUUUUAGAUGAAGGUAACGAGCGAACGGUGAUCCGCCAAGAGUAGUUUUGUCGUAGUAGUGACGUCUCUUUGUAUCGACUUUAUAUCUUACCAUGUAUUUCAUCUAUAAGAUAUUUCUACCAAAUAACAAUGGAGGCUUUAAUAUUCAA